GGACGCCCCCCAGCCGCCCGCGAUUCAAGAUCCACAUUCAAGCCUCAGUCCCGUUCAUGGCCAGCUUCAAACUUGUCUCCUUCACAAAUCCCGGAGCUGUCAAGUGUUGUACGCCUGAAUGCAAGUGCUCUCGACGAACCUGACGACGAUAUUGACCCUUCCACCACCUGGUUUCGUAUCUUGGGCCGCUGUUUCCAUCCUCGCUGGACAACCUGCAACUUUCUCGGCCCCUCGCGCUACCCUCGCCUCACCCUCGCUCUGCGCUGAACAGCCAGGACCAGGUGGCCCCACGGCCGAGAAAUCAACCACCUGCAGUACUGGCCCAAGUCGUCAUCAAUUUUUGGUUAUCUGCACAUUCUAUUUGAGGAGGCAUCAUGACGAUGGAUGGGAAUCCAUACGUCUGGCGUCCCCCGCGGACAAACUACUUGCCACAUAAGAAGACCGACGACCUGGACGAGCGCAUAGUACAGGAAUAUGUUCCACUGGGCUCUGCGACCGAUGCCGAGAAUGCCCUCUUCUUCGCCAAGUGCAAGCGCGCUGCCGAGAAGUACAACAUUACCCGCCCAAAGGGCCACACGGUCUCGUUCCACGUGAACCCCGAGAUGGAGAAGCACCACUUCGGCCAGACACAUCCCAUGAAACCGUGGCGCCUGACCCUGGCCAAGAGCCUCAUCAUGUCCUAUGGCAUGAACUUUGCCAUGGACAACUACGUCUCCAGGACCGCCACCUACGAGGAGCUCAACUCUUUUCACUCCUCCGACUACCUGGACUUCCUGGCCACUGUUGCUCCCGAGCCCAUACCAAAGGACAUCGAGAACCCCGGCACAGAGCUCAAGUUCAACCUGGGCGGGUCGGAUUGCCCUCUGUUCGAGGGUCUGUAUGACUACUGCUCCAUGUCUGCCGGCAGCUCGCUGGACGCCGCCCGGAAAAUAUGCUCCGGCCAGUCGGACAUCGCAAUCGCAUGGGGUGGCGGCCUCCACCACGCCAAGAAGACCGAGGCGUCGGGCUUCUGCUACAUCAACGAUAUUGUCAUUGCGAUAUUGCAGCUCCUGCGCUGCUUUCCCCGCGUCCUGUACAUCGACAUUGAUGUGCACCACGGUGAUGGUGUCGAGGAGGCAUUCUUGUCCACCGACAGGGUCAUGACUGUGUCCUUCCACAAGUAUGACCCUACCAACUUCUUCCCGGGGACUGGUGCCCUCACCGACAACGGGCCGCAAAGCGAGCACAACCCCGGCGCGCACCACGCCCUCAACGUGCCCCUUCAAGAUGGCGUCACCGACGAGCAAUACGGCGCUCUCUUCAGGCAGGUUAUCGGCGAGGUCAUUGCCAAGUUCCGUCCAUCAGCCAUCGCUUUGCAGUGUGGCGCCGACUCACUCGCCGGCGACCGACUCGGCAAGUUCAACCUGCAAGUGCAAGGCCACGGCCAGUGUGUCGAGUUCUGCAAGCAGCAGAACAUCCCCAUGAUCCUGUUCGGAGGCGGUGGUUACACCCCGCGCAACGUGGCGCGCGCCUGGACCCACGAGACCAGCAUCGCCAUCGACGCCGCGAGCAAGAUCGACCCCACGCUCCCGAUGCACGCCCCCUGGCGGGAGCACUUCCGCCAGGACACGCUGUUCCCCACGCUCGAGCAGAUCCUCGAAGUUCCUAAGCCGAAUAAGAAUUCCCCCAAGCGCCUGGAGGAGAUCAAGAUGCACAUCAGCGAGCAGCUGCGCUUCGUCAACGCCGCCCCCAGCGUGCAGAUGAGCACGAUACCGCCCGACCUGGGCGGCAUCCGGGACGAUGUGGAGGCGAGGAUCAAGGAGGAGAUGGAGGAGAAGGACAACGAAUUAAGGAGGUUACGCGAGGAAGGCGUGGGGACCAUGAUGGAAUAUUGAAUGGGUGGGUAUUUAUCUGCAACUACUCUGGAGAAAAGCAGUUUGGGGCUCUAUUACAUCCGAGACCUAUAUAGAUAGUCACUAACAGACUCACUGCCUCAUGCUGGAGAUCCCGCUGUUUGUUUGACGGUAUGUAAAAACAGCGUCGUUUAGACAUUGGAUGAGUCAUGGCUUGUACAGAGUAUAACCAGUAAAAGCACCAUACCCUCGAGUAUGACAACACGUUAUAGCGGAGCCCUAUUCUGGGAUCUACGUGGAUACUCUCCUAGGGAGGCUAGUCAAUAUGUGAUGGGGCUAUCACUUAGAAAUAUAUCCUACGUGAGUUUACCCGUGGAACCACG